AUUCAGAGGCUCAAUUCAUCCCAACAGAAUUCUUCAAUGAUAAAUGAAUGAGUGACGGUAUUUUCGGUAUUUCGAAAAUUUUUGCUUUAACUGUGUAAAGUGGGGUUUUUACCAUUUUACUUUUGCCGUUUUUAGAAAACGAAAGCUUGAAAGAUCCGUAGGGUUUUGCAGUGUCCUCUUUACACUCAAACUGCUUUCCUAAUAUGAAUAUAUCUUUUCGAUCGACUUUUUAGAUUCUUCUUCAUUUUCUCUCUCUCCAUCGCCUCCGAUCAAAAAAACAAAAACCGCCGAACGGAAAACCGAAACAAAACAAUGGCCGUGAAAACAAGCAAGGCCGCCAAGAAGGAGGCGUACGACAAGAAGCUGUGCAAGCUGUUGGACGAGUACCAUCAGGUGCUCGUGGUUGCAGCGGACAACGUCGGGUCGACCCAGAUGCAGAACAUCCGAAAGGGUUUGCGGGGCGAAUCGAUUAUUCUCAUGGGGAAGAACACUAUGAUGAAGAGGUCCAUCAGGGUUCAUUCUGAGAAGUCUGGAAACGAGACUAUCCUCAAUCUUAUUCCCCUCCUUGUUGGAAAUGUGGGACUAAUAUUCACAAAAGGGGAUUUGAAGGAAGUGAGUGAAGAGGUCUCAAAGUAUAAGGUUGGUGCUCCGGCUCGAGUUGGUUUGAUUGCUCCGGUUGAUGUGGUCGUCCCACCUGGAAAUACAGGGCUUGAUCCAUCCCAGACUUCUUUCUUCCAGGUCCUCAAUAUUCCUACAAAGAUUAACAAGGGAACUGUUGAAAUCAUUACACCUGUGGAGCUUAUCAAGAAGGGCGAUAAAGUUGGUUCUUCUGAGUCUGCUCUGCUCUCAAAGCUUGGGAUCAGGCCCUUCUCUUAUGGACUUGUUGUCCUGUCUGUGUUUGACAAUGGAUCAGUUUUCAGUCCUGAAGUGCUGGAUCUGACAGAAGAUGAUCUAGCUCAGAAAUUUGCAUUAGGCCUUUCCAUGGCUACUGGGCUCGCUUUGGAAAUCGCAUAUCCGACCUUGGCAGCUGCACCUCAUAUGUUAAUCAACGGCUACAAAAACCUCUUGGCUGUUGCAGUUGAGACAGAAUACUCCUUCCCCCUGGCUGAUAAAGUGAAGGAGUAUCUCAAGGAUCCUAGCAAGUUUGUCGUUGCUGCAGCCAAUCCCGCUGCAGCUGCAACAUCGGGUGCUGGGGCUUCUGCUGCCAGAGAAGAGAAGUAAGUAGAAGUUGAAGAGGAAGAAGAUGAAGAGGACUUCAGUCUCAAUCUUUUUGACUAGAGCAUUUCAUCUAGGGUUCUGCUCGGACAUCUGUUUCAUGUUUAGGUUCCUUUACACAAUCUUGCUACUUGUUGCAAUUGAUCGAAGACUAUAUGAUGAUCGUUCCUAGAAUUUAAUUUCACUAUGCUUAGUUAACCUUUUGAUAGGUAAUUAUGCAAUGCAUCUACACAAAUCAAUCAGACAUUUUUGUGAUGUUCAAUUUCCAUUUGCAUAUUAUUUCCUCAAUCCAAGAAGUAUACCAAAUUUUUCUUGAACUAAAUCUUUUUGACAAGAUGGAUUUC